UGCGCAGCAACGCCUCUUGCUAUAAAUCUUGGGGGUCCGAGCCGCAAAGGGAUACAAGCGCGUGGCAGGGGACAGGCUAGCGGCGGCGGCUGCUCCUAGCAGAGGGCGGGGGGAAGAUCCGGAGGAGCCUGGCUCGCCCAGGGCUGAGCUGCUCGCCCCAGCCAGCGCGCACAGAGCCCGGGCGGGACCUCCCGGCUUUGCCAUUGCACCGCCAGCUCGCCACGCGGGGCGCGCACCAGCCUGCAAGUUCCUGCUGCCUUAUAGAGUUUAUAUUGUGCCUGAAACAAACCUGCAACUGAAGAGAUCAAGAUGAGCCUUAAUUCAUCUACCGAAGGGACUGUUAAAAGAAUCCAUGUUGACUGCCCCGUUUCAGGAAGGCAUGCCUAUAUAUACAUUAUGGUUCCAACUGUUUACAGCAUCAUCUUUAUUGUAGGCAUAUUCGGGAACAGCUUGGUGGUCAUUGUCAUUUGCUUCUACAUGAAAUUAAAGACUGUGGCUAGUGUCUUUCUGUUGAACUUAGCCCUGGCUGACUUAUGUUUCCUAAUGACAUUGCCACUGUGGGCAGCCUACACAGCCAUGGAAUACCACUGGCCUUUUGGCAAUUGUUUAUGUAAAUUAGCAUCAGCUGUGGUAAGUUUCAACCUGUAUGCCAGUGUGUUUCUACUCACAUGUCUUAGCAUUGACCGUUACCUGGCUAUAGUACAUCCAAUGAAGUCCCGACUUCAGCGCACCAUGCUUGUUGCCAAAAUAACUUGCAUUGGCAUCUGGCUGCUAGCAGGAUUGGCUAGUUUGCCUGUCCUAAUUCACCGUGAUGUAUUUUUUGUCGAGAAUAUGAAUAUGACAAUUUGUGCUUUUCGGUACAAAACCCAUAAUACAACACUGCCUGUUGGGCUAGGUUUAUCUAAGAACAUGUUGGGUUUUUUAAUUCCCUUUUUGAUAAUUUUAACAAGUUACACCUUAAUCUGGAAGACGCUGAAGAAAGCUUACCAAAUUCAGAAAAACAAGACCAGAAAUGAUGAGAUUUUUAAGAUGAUUGUGGCAAUAGUACUUUUCUUCUUCUUUUCCUGGAUUCCUCAUCAAGUGUUUACCUUUCUGGAUGUAUUAAUCCAGCUAGGUAUCAUAACAGAAUGCCAAAUUGUUGAUGUUGUGGAUACAGCUAUGCCCUUCACCAUCUGCAUAGCUUACUUCAACAAUUGCUUGAAUCCCUUUCUUUAUGGUUUUUUUGGAAAAAAAUUUAAAAAAUAUUUCCUGCAGCUACUAAAAUACAUUCCACCAAAUCUCAGAGCACAUCCAAGUCUAACAACAAAAAUGAGUUCCCUUUCCUAUCGACCAUCAGAAAACUUAAGUUUAUCCAUGAAAAAAACUAUUGGGUCUUUUGACAUUGAGUGAUGUCUUUUGUCCUAUAUGUUUCUAGAACAACCUUGCAUAUGAAAUAGCAAGAGUGUCAAAGUUCACCCACAGUCCUGACCAUCACAGCUUACUGCACAUUAUUACUAAGACAUUAAAUCAUCUACUAGAAAUCAUCUUUGGAAGAUUUAGCAGUGGCCUUUUAUAUUGUCAAGAGGACUGUUUGUUAUUUUUAUUUGAAGCAACCCAAGAAGAUGGCAGUCUUUUGGCAUCCUGCCUCAGAGCUCAGAAAUUUGGAAGAAGCGUACAUGAUGCUCCUGAAAAGAUCUCAGAACUUAGGUUAAGGCAUGAUCACUUGUGAAUUAUAUGAACUCUGCAGAAUUUACUUUCAACAUACAUAAGCAAUUCUAAGCUAACCAUUUGGAAUUGUUAUACAAAGUGUUGCCAGAGUCAAACAGAAUGUUUGUUUUCUUUCACAUGAUAUUUGGUGAGGAUGGUGGAGAACAGAGUUAUGUCUGAAAUAUGAAAAAUAUCAAUUUUUCCUUGAUACAAAUAUAGUGUAUCAUUACAUUUAUAAUACACCCAGUUGGUGAAAAUAUAUAUAUUCUACAUAUGCAGGUCUCACUCCCAUCUCAGAUUGAGAUUUAAGGACUUCAAGACUGUGUUCACAUACAUUUUUGCUAUUAUUAUUCAUUUUAAA